GUAACAAAGUCAAUGGCAGGGGUGGUCAAGUCUAUGGAUGCCACGCUGAAGAGCAUGAACUUGGAAAAGAUCUCUGCACUCAUGGAUAAAUUUGAGCAUCAGUUUGAAACACUGGAUGUUCAGACACAACAGAUGGAAGACACAAUGAGCAACACUACUACACUAACAACACCACAAAACCAAGUGGACAUGCUCCUACAGGAGAUGGCAGAUGAAGCAGGUCUUGAUCUGAACAUGGAACUACCUCAAGGACAGACAGGUUCUGUUGGUACAAGUGUUGCCUCAGCAGAACAGGACGAGCUGUCCCAGCGACUGGCCCGCCUACGUGAUCAAGUCUGA